CAUUAAUUUAAUUAUUAAGUAAGAACCAAGAACCAAAAUCGCGAUGGGGAGAAUCACUGAAAGAAGAGAUGCAUCCGAAUGAUCCGAAGAAGGAGAAACCCCACUGCCUCUCUCUUUUGUAAUUCUCGAUCUUGAUCUCAGAUUUCAUUUCGUUACCCUUAGAUUCGCUUCAGUCUGCAAGGAAUUGGGGUUCGAUACAUUGCUCUUCGUUCUCGAUUUUGAAAUUGGGUUAUAUUCUGUAUCUUCUGAGAAGAAGUGGGUAGUCGUUUAAAGUCAUGUUCUAUGGUGCAAUUGUAUGGGAUCCAUGGCUAAUCGUUGCCCAGAUUGUUUGUCUUCAAUCUCUGUACUAUGUAACACUAGGAGGAUUUACUUCAAUUCUUGUUGGAACACGCGUAUCUCGAAUGAGUCUUGUGUAUUUCUUUGAUUAUGCUACUGUUACUACAUCUACAGUUACUGGCUGGUGUGUGAUUGCUUCAUUUGUAUUCAGUUCUAUUCUUGGAGCUGUUUAUAUGUUGUAUUUGGUUGAGAGGGCGAAGAAAUGUUUAGAUUUCUCAGCAACCAUAUAUAUUAUUCAUCUAUUCAUCUGCAUAGUUUACGGAGGGUGGCCUUCGUCAAUAACAUGGUGGGUCGUUAAUGGAUCUGGAAUUGCAGCCAUGGCUUUGUUAGGUGAAUACUUGUGCAUAAGACGUGAAAUGAGAGAUAUACCUAUAGCAAGAUACCGUUCUAUUGCUUGACAAAGUCUGCAGCUUUCUUUUGGAGGAACUCUUAGAGAUGAAGAUCGUGAAAAUAGAGAGUAUGAAAAUGUGUUAUUUUUUUGAAAGACAGUUAGUUUAUCCUCUUUGUUGUAGUUCAUAAGUAUGGUUUAAUUAUCAUACAAAUAUUGUAAGAGCAGAAGUCAUCAUAUAUGUUUUGUAGUAUAAAAGGAAAAUUUUCAGAAAAUUUCAAACACUUCUUUGGGAAGAAGUUUUGCUUAUAUUUGCCAAAAUAAGAUUAUCCGUUGUUUAAGUGGAUUGGAUG